UGUUACGUGCUCCCGAGUAAGUAAGGGGUAACACUCAAGACAGCUCUCGAUGUUGCUCGGUCCGGCGCUGGCUACAAACAUGUUUCCGCUGAGACAGUUGAGCCCCGUGUUAUUCCUCCUGGCCGGCGCCUCGCUCUCCUGCCACCCGGGACCACCGGCUUCAUCCAUGAACAUCACCGGCAUUGUGUGCAGGUUUUCCAAGGAAGCCGCGCUGAUAUUCAACCAGGAGACCAGUGAUGUUAUCCAGGCGACGUUCCGGCACGCUUCGUUCCCCGAUAUGGCUGGAGAAAAAUCGAUUCUGAUGCUGGGCACCAUUUCAUAUGUUUUAAAAAAUUUGCAGAUAAUGAAUAUGUCUGUGGAAAGUAGUGAUGUAGAACUUAGUAAUGAAAAAGGAAUCCUAAUCUCGAUUGAAAAUGUGGCUGCCACCAUCAAGGGAAACAUGAACUACGCAUAUUCCAACUGGCUGUUACAGCUAAAUCACUCACUGGAUUUUGAAAUUCAGUCCCAGACUGAUGUUGAUCUUGCUCUGACUUUGGGGUGUGACAAUGGGAGAAUAGAGGUGACCAUCUCAGAUUGCCUGCUGAAUUUUGAUAAGCUAUCUCUGCAACUACAAAAACUGAGCAAGAUCAGCUGGAUUAAGCAACUGUUGACAGAUUUUGUUUCCUUCACUUUGAGACAUGUUCUUAAGGGACAGAUCUGUGCAGAAAUUCAUAAAAUGGCAAACCUACUGUCCGACUUCACUCUGAAACAAGCUGGAAUAUUUAUACGAGAUGGGGAGAUUUCCACAAGUACAGAAUUAACUGGUGACCCAGUGAUUACCUCAGGAUAUGUUGAAUCACAGCACAAGGGUAGUGUGUUCUACAGGAACCUCUCAGUUUUCCAGAAGCCCAGCGUCAUCCCGGUUGAAAGGGAGGAGACCAGAAUGUUCAGUCUGUGGGUUUCGGAAGCAGUGAUCAACUCUCUCCUGUUUGCAGCUUAUCAUGAGGACCGUUUGACUCUGAAGCUCGAGGACAAUGAUUUGCUGAAAGUAUUUGAAGAUGGAGAAUUUGAAAAUGUGCCAAAUAUUUUACAGCAGGUAUUUCCUGCUGUUCCAGUGAAUGAACUGAUGCUCAAACUCACGCCUCUCAGGCCCCCCAGCAUUCUCUUCAAACGUACAGGCACCAUUUUGGAGGGGUCUCUGUCUGUCGAGUUCGAUGUUCUGCCUGACAGCAAAGAGUCUCACACAGCACUGUAUAUGGAAGUGGAUAUUGAAACUACUGUCCAAUCAUCGUAUGCAAACAGGAAAAUCCAACUGUGGCCCUCCUCAAAUCGCUGGAGCAUCAAAGCUAUAAAGCACAAUCCAGCUGUCACCUUGGAUGAGAAUAAAGCCAACUAUUAUUUGGAGAAUUUUUUCUCAAGUGGUGGAUUACAAAACAUUAUGUCCUAUGUGGAGUUUUACAUAACAGCACUGCUUGACAAGAAAGGACUGCACUAUUUCAACGUCACCAACACUGUGCUGGAACCAAGCAAGGGUUACAUGCUCGUUGCAACUGACUUUCAUUUUCCACGUCAGCUACUGGAAAGUUUCCUUCAAAACCUCACGUCAACCACGAGAUCCUGACCUCGGAGAACGGCAGUGGGGACUCGACAUGAUGGGACUUUGUAGUAACUUGAAAAGCAGUUCUGUCUUUGUACUGACAUGAUUAACUGGGUUUCAUGAACUGGUGAUUUACUGUGAUUACUCUGGACCAUUGUGUUGACUUGUAUAUAUGAAAAGAAUUCAAUCAAAUGAAAUACCAAACAUGGCAAAUAGUUCCA